GCGGCGCCACGGCGGAGCCUCCCGGGAGCCGGUGAACCGAGCGGUCUCGAGGGAGAGGCGCGUGGGCAGGCGCAGGGAGAAGGAGCGCGGGGCGGGCAGGGCGGCCGCCGUGCCCACCGCUGCUGAGGAAAAUGGUAUUCGAGUCAGUGGUCGUGGACGUGUUGAACCGGUUCUUGGGAGACUAUGUGGUGGGCCUGGACAGGUCCCAGCUCUCUCUGGACAUCUGGAAAGGAGUUGUGGUCCUGAAGAACCUUCAAAUUAAAGAAAAUGCCCUGAGUCAACUGGAUGUACCGUUUAAAGUUAAAGUUGGCCAUAUAGGUAAUCUUAAUCUUAUAAUUCCAUGGAAAAACCUUUAUACUCAACCAGUUGAAGCUGUAUUGGAAGAAAUUUAUUUACUCAUAGUGCCUUCUUCUAGAAUAAAAUAUGAUCCUGUAAAAGAAGAAAAACAACUCAUGGAAGCAAAGCAACAGGAACUAAAAAGAAUAGAAGAAGCAAAACAAAAAGUAGUUGAUCAAGAACAAGAUCGGCAAGAGAAGCAGGAUACUUUUGCAGAAAAAUUAGUUACUCAGAUCAUAAAAAAUCUUCAAGUGAAAAUUUCCAGCAUUCAUAUUCGUUAUGAAGAUGAUAUCACUAAUCGAGACAAACCGCUGUCAUUUGGUAUUUCCCUUCAAAAUCUCAGCAUGCAGACAACUGAUCAAUACUGGGUUCCAUGUUUACAUGAUGAAACUGAGAAACUAGUUCGUAAGUUAAUCCAAUUGGAUAACCUUUUUGCCUAUUGGAAUGUGAAGUCUCAGAUGUUUUAUCUUAAUGAUUAUGAUGAAUCAUUGAAUGACUUGAGGAAUGGCAUUGUCAAAGAACAUAUUGUUGCAGAAGGUUAUGAUUUUGUAUUUCGCCCCAUAUCUUCUAAUGCCAAACUGCAGAUGAAUCGCCGAUCAGAUUUUGAUUUUUCUGCCCCAAAAAUAAACCUGGAUGUUGAGUUACAUAACAUAGCAAUUGAAUUUAAUAAACCACAGUAUUUUAGUGUUAUGGAGCUUCUUGAAUCAAUUGAUAUGAUGACACAAAAUCUGCCAUACAGGAAAUUCAAACCUGAUGUACCUCUUCACUCCCACGCCAGGGAAUGGUGGGCUUAUGCUAUACAUGGUAUUCUUGAAGUAAAUGUUUCCCCCACCUUACGGAUGUGGUCAUGGAAGCAUAUUCAUGAACAUAGACAAAAAGUGAAGAAAUAUAAAGAACUGUAUAAAAAAAAGUUAACAAGUAAGAAGCCAUCUGGUGAAAUUCUCAUGUCUUUGGAGGAGUUGGAAAAAGCACUGGAUGUCUUUAAUAUAACUAUAGCUAGACAGCAGGCAGAAGUUGAGGUAAAAAAAGCUGGACUCAGGAUUUUUAAGGAAGGGGUAAAAGAUCCAGAGGAUAAUAAAGGAUGGUUUAAUUGGCUGUGGUCUUGGUCAGAAAAAAAUACUGAGGAACAACCAGAUGUUAAACCUGGAACUCUUGAAGAAAUGUUGACACCUGAAGAAAAAGUUUCACUCUAUGAAGCAAUUGGCUAUAGUGAAACAGCAGUUGAUCCAACCUUGCCAAAAACAUUUGAAGCCAUGAAGUUUUUUGUUCACUUGAAAAGUAUGUCUGUUAUUCUAAGAGAAGAUUAUGAGAAACCUGAGCUGUUAGAUAUUGUAAUAGAAGAAUUUAGCACUUUGAUGGUACAAAGACCAGGAGCACAAGCAAUAAAAUUUGAAACCAAAAUAGAUUCAUUUCAUAUUACUGGCUUACCAGAUAAUUCAAAAAAACCCCAUCUCCUUUCUUCAUUGGAUGAUGCUAUUUCACUCUUCCAAAUUACAUUUGAGAUAAAUCCAUUGGAUGAAACUGCUGAUCAAAGGUGUAUCAUAGAAGCUGAACCUUUAGAAAUGAUAUAUGAUGCAAGAACAGUGAAUAGUAUAAUAGAAUUCUUCAGACCUCCAAAAGAGGUACAUCUAGCACAACUCACUUCAGUGACUUUGACAAAACUUGAGGAAUUUCGUGAUAAGACAGCAACAGGUCUACUGUAUAUUAUUGAAACACAGAAAGUUCUUGAUCUCAAAAUUAAUUUGAAGGCUUCAUAUAUUAUUGUUCCACAAGAUGGAAUUUUUAGCCCUACAUCAAAUCUACUUGUUUUGGAUCUUGGUCAUCUAAAGGUGACAAGUAAAAGUCGUUCAGAAUUACCAGAUGUGAAACAAGGUGGAGCUAAUCUUGAAGAAAUAAUGCAUAGAGCUUAUGAUUCCUUUGAUAUUCAGCUUACAAGUAUACAGCUGCUUUACAGCAGAGUUGGUGAUAAUUGGAAAGAAGCACGAAAACUAAAUGUAUCUACACAACAUAUUUUGGUACCCAUGCAGUUCAACGUGGAACUCUCUAAGGCUAUGGUUUUCAUGGACUUAAGGAUGCCCAAAUUCAAGAUUUUUGGAAAGUUACCUCUCAUUUCUUUACGGAUCUCAGAUGAAAAACUACACGGCAUUAUGGAAUUGAUUGAAAGUAUUCCAAAACCUGAACCUGUAACUGAAGUGUCUGCCCCUGUCAAACCAUCACAGAUGCAAACAUCUGCUUCUUUGGGAGCAACACAGAUUUCACAGAAAAUAAUUCCUCUUUUGGAACUUCCUUCUGUUUCUGAAGAUGAGUCAGAGGAGGAAUUUUUUGAUGCACCAUGUUAUCCCUUGGAUGAGUCUAUUCAGUUUCCAACUAGAGUUAAAAGUGGUCGACACAGAAAGUUACAAAAGCAGGAUUAUUCAGUAAAUAUGACUACAUUUAAAAUACGAUGUGAAGUACCAGAGGUUUUGAUUCAACUUUAUCACCUUGUUGGAGACUGUGAACUGCCUGUGGUAGAAAUUGAUGUUUUAGGAUUGGGUACAGAAAUUGAGAUUAGAACAUACGAUUUGAAAGCAAAUGCUUUUUUGAAAGAGUUCUGCUUAAAAUGCCCAGAAUACUUGGAUGAAAACAAGAAACCAGUUUAUUUGGUCACAACACUGGAUAACACACUGGAAGAUCUGUUAACACUGGAAUAUGUGAAGGCUGAAAAGAAUGUACCCAACUUGAAAAGUACCUAUAACAAUGUUUUACAGCUGAUUAAGGUGAAUUUUUCCUCUUUGGAUAUUCAUUUACACACUGAAGCGCUUCUCAAUACAAUAAAUUACCUUAAUAAUAUCCUUCCACAAUCAGAGGAAAAAUCAGCCUCAGUGAGUAUUACAGAGACUGAAGACAAAGGAGAUGUCAUUAAAAAACUAGCUUUUAAACUAUCCACAAAUGAAGAUAUUAUUACCUUGCAGAUUUUAGCAGAAUUAUCAUGUUUACAGAUCUUUAUUCAAGAUCAGAAACGUAAAAUUUCUGAAAUUAAGAUUGAAGGACUUGAUUCUGAAAUAAUUAUGAAACCUUCAGUAACUGAAAUAAAUGCAAAGCUAAGGAAUAUAAUUGUUUUGGAUUCUGAUAAAACAGCUGUAUACAAAAAGGCUGUUUAUAUCACUGGAAAAGAAGUUUUCAGCUUUAAAAUGGUUUCUUACGUGGAUGCAACUGCUGGGCCUGCAUACACAGAUAUGAAUGUAGUUGACAUUCAGGUUAAUUUAACAGUUGGUUGCAUUGAAGUAGUUUUUGUCACAAAAUUUCUAUAUUCUAUAUUGGCUUUUAUAGAUAACUUUCAAGCAGCUAAACAAGCCUUUGCUGAGGCAACAGUUCAGGCAGCAGGAAUGGCUGCUAGUGGUGUAAAAGAACUGGCACAAAGGAGUUCCAGAUUGGCAUUGGAUGUUAAUAUCAAAGCCCCAGUUGUGGUCAUCCCACAGUCUCCAGUUUCUGAAAAUGUUUUUGUUGUUGAUUUUGGACUAAUUACAAUGACAAAUACAUUCCAUAUAGUAACAGAGAGCCAAAGCAAUCCCCCACCUAUUAUUGAUUUGAUAACAAUAAAACUGAGUGAAAUGCGACUAUACAGAUCUCUAUUUAUUAAUGAUACAUACCAGGAAGUACUGUAUCUAUUACUGCCAUUAAAUCUUGAAGUCAUUGUUGAGCGAAAUUUAUGCUGGGAGUGGUAUCAGGAAAUUCCUUGUUUUAAUGUAAAUGCUCAGCUAAAACCCAUGGAGUUCAUUCUCAGUCAAGAAGAUAUAACAACUAUUUUUAAAACAUUACAUGGCAAUAUAUGGUAUGAAGAAGGUGGUAGUGCCUCACCUGCUGUCAUAAAAGACCAAAGUAGUGUUACUAGUGGAGUUACUAAUGCUUCACACCAUUCAGGAGGGAACACUGUGGUGACAGCUGCUGUGGUAGAAGUACAUUCACGUGCCUCACAAGUUAAAACAACACUAAAUAUGAGUUUCAGAACUGAUUAUCUUACCAUGGCACUGUAUAGUCCAGGUCCUGAACAGGCUCCAUUUACAGGUGUUCGUGAUCCUUCUUUGAAACUUGCUGAAUUUAAAUUGGAAAAUAUAAUAAGUACUGCAAAAAUGUAUACAGAUGACUCAACAUUUUCUUCCUUCUCAUUAAAAAACUGUAUUUUAGAUGAUAAAAGGCCUCAUGUCAAGAAAGCAACUCCUAGAAUGAUAGGAUUGACAGUUGGGUUUGACAAAAAAGACAUGAUGGAUAUAAAGUACAGGAGAGUCAGAGAUGGUUGUGUGACUGAUGCAGUCUUUCAGGAAAUGUAUAUUUGUGCAAGUGUGGAAUUUCUGCUGACGGUUGCAAAUGUCUUUUUGGAGGCCUACACCACAGGCAGUGUUGUAAAAACCAGUGUUCAAACAUGGACUUCUAAGGAAGAAGUACCUAUACAGGAAUCAGAUAAGUGGGAAAUUAAUAUUAUUAUUAAAAAUCCUGAAAUUGUAUUUGUGGCUGACAUGACAAGAAAUGAUGCUCCUGCCUUAGUCAUUACAACGCAAUGUGAAAUUUGCUAUAAAGGUGACCUUGAAAACAGUACAAUGACUGCUGCCAUUAAAGAUCUUCAAGUGAGAGCAUGCCCGUUUCUUCCAGUCAAGAGAAAAGGCAAAAUCACUACUGUUUUGCAGCCCUGUGACUUGUUUUAUCAGACUACUCAGAUGGGUACAAAUCCACAAGUGACUGAUGUUUCAGUAAAAUCCCUGACACUAAAGGUUUCACCAGUUAUUAUAAAUACCAUGAUCACCAUAACUUCAGUGCUUUAUACAACUAAGGAAACCAUCCCAAAAGAAACUGCUUCUUCUACAGCACAUUUAUGGGAAAAGAUGGACACAAAGAAUCUAAAGAUGUGGUUCCUUGAAGAAUCAAAUGAAACUGAAAACACAGCUCCUGCAACUGAAUUGGUACCCACAGGAGAGAUGAUAAAAAUGAACAUUGAUUCUAUUUUUAUAGUUCUCGAGGCUGGAAUUGGUCAUAGAACAGUGCCUAUGCUUUUGGCAAAGUCAAGUUUUUCAGGGGAAGGCAAAAACUGGAGUUCCUUAAUAAAUCUCCACUGUCAGCUUGAGCUAGAAGUGCAUUAUUAUAAUGAAAUGUUUGGUGUAUGGGAGCCUUUGCUUGAACCCCUAGAAAUUGAUCAGACUGAGGAUUUUAGACCAUGGAAUCUUGGAAUCAAGAUGAAAAAGAAGGCAAAAAAGGCCAUUGUUAAGUCAGAUACUGAAGAAGAAAACUACAAAGUGCCAGAAUAUAAAACUAUCAUCAGUUUCUAUUCAAAAGACCAAUUAAACAUUACAUUAUCCAAAUGUGGUCUUGUAAUGUUAAAUAAUUUAGCCAAGGCAUUUACAGAAGCUGCCACUGGAUCUUCAGCUGUCUUCAUAAGGGAUCUAGCACCAUUUAUGAUUUUAAAUUCUCUUGGACUUACUAUUUCUAUUUCACCAAGUGAUUCUUUUAGUGUACUCAACGUUCCUAUGGCAAAAUCAUAUAUAUUGAAAAACAAUGAGAGUUUAAGUAUGGAUUAUGUUCGAACUAAAGACAAUGAUCACUUCAGUGCAAUGACUAGCCUAAGCAGCAAACUCUUCUUCAUUCUUCUCACACCUGUUAAUCACUCUACUGCUGAUAAGAUUCCUUUAACAAAAGUGGGACGACGUCUGUACACUGUAAGGCACAGAGAAUCUGGAGUUGAAAGAUCUAUUGUUUGUCAAAUUGAUACAGUGGAAGGAAGUAAGAAGGUAACAAUUCGCUCCCCAGUACAGAUUAGAAAUCAUUUUUCAGUCCCACUCUCUGUUUAUGAAGGGGAUACCUUAUUGGGAACUGCUUUACCUGAAAAUGAAUUCAACAUACCAUUACCAUCUUACCGAUCGUUCCUUUGUCUGAAGCCAGAAGACAAUGACUAUCAAAUGAGUAAAGGAAUUGACUUUGAAGAAAUUAUAAAAAAUGACGGAGCUCUUCUAAAGAAGAAAUGUCGAUCUAUAAACCCUUCUAAGAAAUCAUUUUUCAUUAAUAUUGUCCCAGAAAAAGAUAAUUUAACAUCUCUAUCAGUGUAUUCAGAAGAUGGUUGGGACUUACCAUACAUAAUACAUUUAUGGCCACCUAUCCUACUCCGAAAUCUUCUUCCUUACAAAAUUGCGUAUUAUAUAGAGGGAAUUGACAAUUCAGUUUUUGCUCUAAGUGAAGGACAUUCAGCCCAGAUUUGCACUGUACAGUUGGAUAAGGCCAGGCUACAUUUAAAAUUACUUGACUAUCUUAACCACGAUUGGAAAAGUGAAUAUUGUAUACAACCUGAUCAACAAGACAUUAGUUUCAUCAGUUUUACCUGUGUUACAGAAAUAGAAAAGACUGAUUUAGAUAUUGCUAUCCAUGUGACCUACAAUACUGGUCAGACAGUUGUGGCAUUUCAUAGUCCUUAUUGGAUGGUCAAUAAAACUGGUCGAAUGUUACAAUACAAAGCAGAUGGAAUUCAUCGAAAGCAUCCACCUGAUUAUAAAAAGCCAGUUCUGUUUUCUUUUCAGCCAAAUCACUUUUUUAAUAACAAUAAGGUACAGCUUAUGGUAACUGAUAGUGAGUUGUCAGAUCAAUUUUCAAUUGAUACUGUUGGUAGUCAUGGAGCUGUUAAAUGUAAAGGCCUGAAAAUGGAAUAUCAAGUUGGUGUCACUAUAGACCUCAGCAGUUUUAACAUUACCAGAAUUGUGACAUUUACUCCUUUUUAUAUGAUUAAAAACAAAAGCAAGUAUCAUAUAUCAGUAGCUGAAGAAGGAAGUAAUAAAUGGCUCUCUCUUGAUUUGGAGCAGUGUAUCCCCUUUUGGCCUGAGGAUGCUUCUGGUAAACUUCUUAUUCAAGUAGAAAGGAGUGAGGAUCCUCCCAAAAGGAUAUAUUUUAACAAGCAAGAAAAUUGUAUUUUAUUGCGUCUGGAUAAUAAGCUUGGAGGUAUUAUAGCAGAAGUUAAUUUGGCUGAGCAUUCUACAGUUAUUACAUUUUCAGAUUAUCAUGAUGGAGCAGCUACAUUCUUGUUAAUAAAUCACACAAGGAAUGAUCUUGUUCAAUACAAGCAAAGUUCUCUCAGUGAAAUAGAAGAUUCUCUCCCUCCUGGAAAAGCAGUGUUUUAUACAUGGGCUGAUCCAGUGGGCUCUAGAAAGCUGAAGUGGAAAUGUGGGAAAAGCCAAGGUGAAGUAACACAAAAGGAUGAUAUGAUGACACCUAUAGAUUUGGGGGAAAAAACAAUUUAUUUAGUCUCAUUCUUUGAAGGCUUACAGCGCAUUAUUUUAUUCACUGAAGAUCCAAGGGUAUUUAAAGUAACAUAUGAAAGUGAGAAAGCAGAGUUAGCAGAGCAAGAAAUUGCAUUGGCAUUACAAGACGUUGGAAUUUCUCUUGUCAACAAUUAUACAAAGCAAGAAGUAGCCUAUAUAGGCAUUACAAGUUCUGAUGUGGUUUGGGAGACAAAGCCCAAGAAGAAGGCAAGAUGGAAGCCAAUGAGUAUAAAGCACACUGAGAAGUUAGAGAAAGAAUUUAAGGAAUAUACUGAAUCUUCACCUGCAGAAGAUAAGGUUAUUGAGUUGGACACUAACAUUCCGGUUCACUUAACACCUACUGGUAAUAACAUGAAAAUUCUGCAACCACAUAUAAUAGCUAUACGAAGAAAUUAUCUUCCAGCAUUAAAGGUGGAAUAUAGCACAUCUGCACAUCAGUCAUCAUUUAGAAUUCAAAUUUACAGAAUACAGAUCCAAAAUCAGAUACAUGGUGCUGUAUUUCCAUUUGUGUUUUAUCCUAUUAAACCUCCAAAGUCGGUCACCAUGGAUUCAGCACCAAAGCCCUUUACAGAUGUCAGUAUUGUCAUGAGAUCUGCAGGACAUUCCCAGAUAUCACGUAUUAAGUAUUUCAAAGUGUUGAUUCAAGAAAUGGAUUUAAGGUUAGAUCUUGGGUUUGUCUAUGCUUUAGCAGACCUUAUGACAGAAGCUGAGGUGACUGAAAAAACUGAGAUUGAACUUUUUCAUAAAGAUAUAGAAGCUUUCAAAGAAGAAUAUAAAACAGUUUCAUUAGUAGAUCAAUCACAAGUCAGUCUCUAUGAAUAUUUUCAUAUAUCUCCUAUCAAGUUGCAUUUAAGUGUUUCACUGAGUUCGGGCAGAGAAGAAUCUAAAGAUUCAAAACAGGAUGAAGGACUGAUUCCAGUUCAUUCUUUAAAUCUUUUGUUGAAGAGUAUUGGUGCCACUCUUACAGAUGUACAAGAUGUAGUUUUUAAGCUUGCAUUUUUUGAACUCAACUAUCAGUUCCAUACAACAUCCGAACUACAGUCUGAAGUAGUAAGACACUAUUCAAAACAGGCCAUUAAACAGAUGUAUGUACUCAUUCUUGGACUUGAUGUUUUGGGAAAUCCCUUUGGCUUAAUUAGAGAAUUUUCUGAAGGCGUAGAAGCAUUUUUUUAUGAACCUUACCAGGGAGCCAUCCAGGGUCCUGAAGAGUUUGUGGAGGGAAUGGCACUAGGACUUAAGGCACUAGUUGGUGGAGCUGUUGGUGGAUUAGCUGGUGCUGCCUCCAAAAUCACCGGUGCUAUGGCUAAAGGGGUAGCAGCUAUGACUAUGGAUGAAGACUACCAACAGAAGAGAAGAGAAGCCAUGAAUAAGCAACCAGCUGGUUUAAGAGAAGGCAUCACUCGUGGAGGAAAAGGCUUAGUUUCUGGUUUUGUAAGUGGCAUAACAGGAAUUGUUACAAAACCAAUCAAAGGGGCUCAAAAAGAAGGAGCAGCUGGUUUCUUUAAAGGUGUCGGGAAAGGUUUAGUUGGAGCAGUAGCAAGGCCAACUGGAGGCAUCAUAGACAUGGCUAGUAGUACAUUUCAAGGAAUAAAAAGAGCUACAGAGACUUCUGAAGUAGAGAGUUUGCGACCUCCUCGGUUCUUUAGUGAAGAUGGGGUUAUCAGACCGUACAGGUUGAGGGAUGGUACUGGAAAUCAAAUGUUACAGGCAUCAAAAAGUUUGAUAUGAAAACAGUUAAUGCAUGACUUUGCAAGUGAAAGCCAACAAUAGAUUUUAGUCUAAAAAUUUACAAACUACAUACUGCUGUUUCAGUAUUUUGAGUACAAAGAAAAGCUUUUGUAUUGGUAACUUUUUAUAGGAAUUUUAGUAAAUCUGAUCUUUUUAUAGGGUAUUCUUAGUUCUACACUGGAUUUGCCGGAUUUGUUGAAAGCCAAUGUGCCUUAUAUGCCCUCAUAGUUGGUGGUGCUUAUUUAGCCAAUUAGACCAUUUCUGUUUGGGGUACUUCCUUCUGUUUAUCAAACCACUGGUAGCUUUUAUGCCAGAUAUAAUCCUCAUAUCCAAUUAGGCAUGAUGAAGGAAAAACAAAACUCAGAAACACUGCUAUUGCUAGAUACUAUCGGAUUCUUAUGCUUUGCUUUUAAAAAUGCUCAAAUGGCCAUGACCCUCUUCCUGCUUUAUUCUAGUAUAGUUUGUAUAAAACCUUGUGAGAAUUUUAUAAGCAGUUCACAUGCAAACCAGUGUCUUUUAAUAAAGAAAAUUACCUUUUGGGACAAUUUGAGGGUAGAAUAUUUUAUCUGUUUAGAAAACUUUCUUACUUGGUAAAUCUGACUUUUUAAAAUCUGGAUUAUGAUGUAGAUAACAUAGUAAUCCACACAUAGUCUAUACCAGUGUAAAGUCUUUUCUGUGAUUUAGAUGUGGAAUACUAAAUUAAAUCACUUGUUUGAAGACAAACAAGGAGUCAUUAUGUUAUAUAAACUUAAAGAUAUUCAUGGUAAUAAUUGACUCUCAAAAUGUGGAACUUCCCUUAUAUUUUUUCAUAUUUUAAAUAUUGUCAUGUUUAAAGUGAUCAGGGUAAAGAUUUAAAACUAAUAUUUUACCUACUGCAUGCAGAGUAUAUAAUAUUGCAUAAAAUAUACUUGAAAUCUUUCUUUGAGCCUUCUGAUAUAUUAAAAAGUAACCAUAAAGUUAAUGUGCAAUAUAUAAUGAUUUUAUAUGGCAUUUUAAAUGUUUUUAAAGCAUCAAAAUAAUUCAGUAUUAGGAUAGAACUGGCAAUCUGUUGUGAGGUUGUGCUUUAAAGGACAUUGUGCAAUCUCAGUGUUACAUUGUUCUUUGGAAAAUAGAAAAAUUGCAGAAGUCACCUAAGGCCAAUAUGAUCCAAACAUGUAUUUCUACCCAGUACCUGCCUUCCCUUAUUAAAACACAAUUAAUGUGUUACUAACAUUUUACUAAACUGAAAGUUGAGUAGUUUUCAAAUCGCAUUUUUAAAAACUAAAAAUAUUUCUUGAGAAACUAUUUUAAUAUAUUAGAAAGUAAGAAUGAGUGGUGAGGAGAGUUUAGAAAUAUAUCCUCAUUAUUAGUGAGCAGAUUUUAAUGUAUAAGGAAGCCAUGAGAUAUCAGUAAUUUCUCAUAUUUGAUAAUUUGAUUUCAGCAACAAGUACAUUUAUUCUAUACCCUCAUUAAUUGUUUUCUGAAGCUUUAAACUUUUGUAUUUAAAGAUAUGAGUUUUAACUACAUAUUUUUAAGGAUGCAUAUUUAGUAGGCCAGUCUUAGCAUUAAUUGCUAAAAGAGCUAUUUAAAUGACUAAAAACCCACAAUUCUUACCAGCCACAAUACUUGUCAAUCCUUACUUCAGCAAGAAUAUUUAUACAGUGUUAGCUGGAAUACCUGUAGGAAUUUGCCAGAUGCCUUGGGAUGUUUUCAGUUAGCAUUAUUUUCCUAUAGAUGUAAGAAGUGGGUAGUUGUUUUGGUUGUAGUGGUGUUUUUUGAAUCAAAUUUCUAGUGUAUUAUCAGCAAAUUUUUUAACGUAUAUGAAUACAAGUACUGUGGAAAAUAAUUAGAUGAUAUGUAAACUGUAUUCAAAAUCUCAUCUGCCUACAUUCCAUCUGAGUGAUUUAAUGAUGUUGCCUUAGAAAAUCUUUGGUAUUUUCAAAUGUUUCUCCUUUUCUUUUUUUCUAAAAAAGGUGGUAUAUUUACUAAACUACGUACACCUAUAUGUAAUAAUUAAAUGCAAAAUAUAUUCUUUCAUUGAGUACCUUUCUAUCUAGUAUGUAGCACAUUAUUAUAGCACUUCCUAGUAGUCAAAGUUGCCUACUAAAGAAAUAGAAGGAUAAUUUUCGUGUAUUCAUAGAGUACUUUAUUGGUAUCAUCAAACCAUUUUAUACACUGAGUUUGUACCAACCAAUGGACUUGAGUCUUAGUUCUAUUAAGUUAUGGAAUAUUAUAUCCAUAAUUACAACCUGAGCCACAGCUGAAAAUCUGCUGUAAAAUUAUGACUCCUUGAACACUUCAUAGUUUUACAUGUUUUCCAAGCAGUUUGCCAUGUACAACUAACCUUUUUGCUUCUUUUUUCCUUUACCAUGCUUACAGAAAAUUCAGUUCUACAGGGAGUGGAAUGUGACUCACAGUAGCAGUAGUGAUGAUGAUAAUGAUGAUUAGUCAGAUCUAAAUUGUUAAAAUUCAUAUGUUCUCUAUCAUUUUACUUCGAAUGUUUUGUAUGACUGCUACCAUAAUGCCCAUAUGUCCAUUUUUAGGGAGAUAAAACACUUCCUUUUAAAAUGUUUUUUUACACAGCUUCAUAAGGCAAAAUGAUUGCAUCAUUUAAGCACAGAAAAAAUGUAUAUUAUAUCCAAAGUAGGGCAUACUGCAUAUUAUAGUAUAGAUUUGCUUUUAUAUAUUUUGAAUCUUUGUAUUACACUUGUUUUUUAGAAUUAAAUAUAAUUUUUAAUGUUCAUUAGUUUUGUUUUAAAUUUUAUGCUUAUCAGCAAAAAUUUUUUUGAAUGAUCUCUGUAAAUUUUGUGAGCUAUAAUGUAAUUCCCUUGUGUUAAAAAAAAAGAAUAGUA